AUGUUCCUCUCCUGGGUCGGCAAGUGCGAGCUGCUGCAUGCGCCUCCGGAAGCGCACGUGCUCAAGGGCUUCAACGAGAGCUGCCAGCGGGGCAUCUGCUCCAUGGUCAUCGGCUUCCUUGGCGCCGGCGACGAAGCGGACGUGCUCGCGACGCCGACGCACGUCAAAUGGUCCAUGGAGGCCCUCGGCCAUAGCUUUGCGCUGGGCAUGGAGGACGCCGACGUCAUCUCUGGCGCGACGCGCAUCUACGAGAAGUGGCUCGGCCUGCACGGCGACGGCCGCCCCAAGUGCAUGCUCGGCCAAGAGCAAGAGUUCAUCCGCGACCUCCUCGGACACAUGUCGUUGAUCUUUGAAGACCGCGACGCGACGCGCGGCAAGCCCGAGCUCCUCGCCAAGCACAUCUCGCUGUGCGAGAAGGUCCUCGACUUGUAUUCGCUGCUGGGCCGGAAACGGGCCGCAACGCUCACGCCGACGACGUGGGACCACUUUUUGCGCCUCCUCUUGGGCAUCACCGACUGCGUUCUCCACGGCAACAAGCACAGUCUGGCGUCCGCGCUCUGCGGGCAGCUCAUUCGCGUGACCCUCGAGCAGUUCACCAUCUCGCUUCAGUUCACGGGCGUCAAAGGCGACCUCUGGAACAUGCUGCUCAAGUUUUGCCGCCGAUGGCUCCACCGGAAGACCGUCAUCGAGCAGUGGAACGUCAUAUCGUAUGCGCUCACGGAGCAGCUCAUGGCGCGCCUCGCGGCCGAUGCAUUGGCAACGACGACCGCCACGUCGCACGUGAUUGAGAUUCCGUGGUCCGACCGCACGCCGACCCAGCUCGAGCUCGAGAGCGCGCUCCUCGCGUACGCGUGGUAUCGCAUCAUGCGCGUCAUUGGCCACCCGAGCCUCUUUGUCGAUCCGGACGUCUACCUUGUGGCCAUCAGCGGUAUCCGGCGGCUCGCCAACGUCCUUACGUACGUGGCCCCCGCGACGUCGGACGAGAAGCAGCCGCAGCUGCCCGACGUCAACACGGUCCUACGUAUCCUCGGCCCGUGGCUCUUUGAUGCGUCCUUGAACCGAACGGGCCUCCCGCGCUUUGCCCUCUGUCGCGCCGAGGCCGUGCGGUGCCUCGGCGACCUCCUCAGCCAGCACGGCGGCGGCCGCACCAAGCAAGUCACGUGGCCCUUCACCAUCCGCGCGCUCAUGGCGAUCCAAAAGGCGCUGCUCGAAGACGACGACGUGCUCGUGGCGUCGGCCGUCGCGAGUUGCUCGCGCAUCUUUGGCACGCAUGGCACACACACGCUGCGUGGCGUCGGCGUCCUCGCCGGCAGCUUUCACCACGCGAUCGACCGCAUCUUCAAACUCAGUGCGACAAAGAGCCCGAGCGUCCGGAAGGAGAGCGCCAGUGGGGCGUCGUCGCCGCGCAAGCGCCUCUCGGUCGGCGACGAAGCAGGCGGCGUCUCGGCCAUUGGCGGUGUGCCCAUCACGCUUCUCCGGCGCGCUUGCAUCGAAGCCUGCAGCUCGUUGCUCACGAUCCACUCGCACUUGCCUAUUUCCAUCACAAAGCAAGUGGAGAAGAGCUUGACGGGCCACGUGGACGGCGGCCUACCCCUUGUCUACUCGAGCCUCCCGCGGUACCAGAGCUCGAACGUCGUCACGCUUCUCAUCGGCUGCCUCAAGUCGGAGGUCGACUCGACCAACCAGCAGAUGGCCAUGUGGCUGCUGACAAUUGCGGUGCAGAAGGAGGCGCUGUUCUGGUCCAUGGGUCUGGCCUCGACGCGCAACUCGCAAGUGCCCAUGACGAUCACGAGCAUUUGCUCGUUCCUGACCAAGAUCCCGAGUCGGUGGAAGCCCGCGUGCGUCUUUACGGCGCUCGAGUGUCUCCGGUACCUCACAAUCGUGAGCGAGCACCUUUACAAGCACGUCUUCUCGUCCUGCGUCUACUUGAUCAGCUGCGUGUGCGAGUUUAUGGCGUCCAACGCCCAGGCGCUGCGCACGAUGCGGUCGCCGCCGGUGUACGUCGACCAGCUCAUUGCGUCCGCGAUGGGCUGUCUCCUCGAGUGGAUUGUGACGACGCCGCAGCUGCUGAGCAAGACGCAGAUCAUGGUCAAGAUCAUUGCGACCGUCGUCGACUGCGCCGACUACCGAAAAGAGUUUGUUCCGCUCGUGCCGCACGCGGACGACGCGACGCGCCAGAGCGCGCACGAGGUCCUCGAGUACCUCGUCAAACACCACGCCAACACGGCCACGGACGCGCGUCACAGUGUGCUCGACGACGACGAGCAUACGCAGAGCCGGUACUUUGUGUGGAACCACGGGACGCUCGUGGGCCUCCUCGAGGGCGACGACGGUGGCCUCGCAGUCUCACUUCGGGACGCGAGCGGCCACUACGCGUGGCGGGUCAAGGCCCAGUACCGGUACACGCCGCUGGGCGCCCCGGCGCCGUCGCCGCCCGUCGCGCGCCCCACGCGCACGUCGUCGUUCUACACGUACCAGCACGACGCCGAGAUGGAUAUGGACGGCGAGACUAUGCCGACGGACCCGCUGCUGCAAACGCUUCGGCAAAAUGCACCGCAGCUCACCAACUGGAGCAGCUCCAGCAGUGCGACCUUGGACGCGUCCGAAGGCAACUUGGCCAAGCGGGACGUCGAGACGUUUGUGCAGCUGCUGCAAGCGCAGCGCGAAGCCGAAGAGAUGAUCCUCGCCCAGCACGCGGGCGAGGCGAGCGGGCCCGAGCCGCUCGAGGCGCCCCGACCGACAACGGCCGCCAACGACGCCCGCCGGCUUCUGUCGCAGCUCGGGUUUAUCUCGAUCGGCUCGUGGGGCUCGUUCUUCCCGCUGACCAACAGCGCGGGUCUCCUCGCCGACCUCCGCGCACUGGACCGCCUCCCGACCCGCGAGACGUACGAGAUCGGCAUUGCGUACACAGUCAACGGCCCUUCUGUCGGUGGCUUUGAUUCGAUCUCGACGCUCGACCAAACGUCGACGCCGUCGCCGUCGUACGCUGCGUUUGUGGCGACGAUGGGCUGGACCGUCGACGUGGGCACGUACGGCGGGUUCCUCGGGCACAGCCCGCGCGAGACCGGCCAAGCGCUCGUGUACGCGCAGUACAACUACGAAGUCGCGUUCUAUACGCCGACGCUGGCCGCGCACCGUCCGCUCCUCGCCAACGCCGAGGUGCUCAUCGUCUGGAACGAGUGCCAGCAAAAGUACACGCCGGGCUCGGCGCUCUGGGCCUCGGCGUACGGCCUCCCGCACCCGCGCGCGAGCGUCUACAUCAUCAUCGACCCGCUCGACGAAGGCCUCUUUUGCGUGCGCAUCUCGGUCGCCGGCUCCGUCUUUGAGAGCGACGCAGGCGCCUUGGACGAAGAUACGUUUGCCGGACGUGUCCUCGGCCCGCUGCAGGAUGGCAUGGUCAUUAGCGGCGAAUGGCUUGGACCGCUCGUGCGCCAAACCGCCCUCAACGCUGUGCACGUCCACCGCCUGCAGCAGCGUCACCAGCACUCGCUCGGUCUCUCGACCCAGUCACCGAUCCGGCCACAAGACAAGCGCACCAAGCUCAUUGCCGGCGUGGUCCGGGACCACGUGGCGCCGUUGCUGCCCGGCGAGUUUUACAGCUCGUUGUUUCCGCCCACGAGCGCGUAA